AAGUGGGAGCUCGAAUCGAAUCUUGGGAGCGGAAGGGCGUCAGUUGCUUGUUUGCCACCGAGAUGAGCGCAAUUAAGCCCGCCCUGCUGCUGUGCCUGAUCCUCGCCAUAGGCCUGUUCCUUGGCCAAGGUCGGGCGAAUCCCGUGGAGGCGAAUGUGCCCAAUGUGCCCAAUGUGCCCGAUGUGCCCGCGUCCGCCGCCAACGAACUGGACAUCGAUUUCGGGGAGGAGGACGCCACCGAGAAGCCACUGGGCAUAGUCUCGAUCAAGGUGCGCCACAUCCAGCCGGACCCCGCCCACUGCACCCAGCUCUCGCCCCACCACCCACACCACCCCCAGUGCCACAGCUACUGCAAGCGCCAAGGUCACUGGGUGGGCCAGUGCAAGAGGAACUCCUGCCACUGCUUCUCCUAGGUCCUUCGGCUAUCUGAACCCCGAAACGGCCUUUUUUUUAAGUGCAAAACUGUGCGAGUGUGUUUAUCUAUUACAUCAAUUGUUGUUUACGGAAGAAAGACCAACUUACUCAAUUCAUACGCACAUUAUGUAUUCUGCGACCUACUUACUCAGCCUGGAACUUAAUAAAUGUUCAAGUUAAAUCCACUUCUAUUGGACACUA